GGUAAGAGACCUGUAGUCUCGCGAGGCCACCCCUUUGCAGAGGAUGUCUUAGGAGGAGACUUGCCUAGCAACUUCAGGGAGUUGAGUUUGUCAUAUGAUGGAUCGGCGGACCCAGCUAGGCACUUGAGAUCGUUUGACAAAAUAGCUGUGCUGCACAGGUAUAGUGAUGCCGUGAGCUGCCGGGCCUUUCUGACGACUUUGAAGGGGUCGGCACAAGAUUGGUUCCACCAGUUGCCGGCGGGAUCUAUCGAUUGCUUUGAAAAGUUCAGCUCUUUGUUUCUGAAUCAGUUUGCGAGUGCCAGGAAACAUGAGAAGACGUACCUCUCAUUGAUCAAUAUGCAGCAGAAGGAAGGGGAGACCUUGCGACAGUAUGUAGCGCGGUACACUAAGGAGUGCGUGGAGGUCCCCUCGGCCUCAGAAGAGAUAAAAGCUGGAGGCCUUACACGGGGAUUGAGGCCUGGGAAGUGUAGAGAUUCCUUGGCGAAGAGGCCGGCGAGGUCCUUUGAUGAGCUACUUGAGAGGUGCAGCAAGUAUGUGAAUAUGGAGGAAUCAGAGGCGGAUUUCCUUCGAAGUGACAAGACAAAUAUUAAGCAGGUAGAGGAGAAGCCUCGACAGGGUGAUCGACGAACCGCCCCCAAGGAGUCUAGGGUUGAGGAUCGGUUCAGGGGUCCGAGAUACGAGCAUUAUAGACAACUUAAUGCGCCGCAACAGGAGAUCUUGGAGACGAUGGAAAAGCGAGGGGAGGACAAGCUGCUUGCACAACCAAAACCUUUGCCCCCACCGCGGAAGUUUUCGGCAUCGAAGGACAGGUAUUGUCGGUACCACCGUGAUUUCGGUCACUCUACCAAUUUCUGCCGGGAGUUGAAGGACGAAAUUGAGCGGCUCAUUAGGGUCAGUCACUUAAAGGAGUUUGUGAUCAAGGAUAGAGAGCGCCAGGAUGAUCGUCGAGAAGGGAGAGAGUCGGGUGACAAGCGGCGGAGGACUGAUGAGCAGCCUGAUAGACCAGUGAAGAAAGGUGUCAUACACAUGAUCGCGGGAGGUCCUACCGAUGGAGACUCACAUAGAGAGAGGAAGAGGACUUACCGGGGUAAGGGUGUGGCGGAUGAGGUUGCUGAGGUACAGGUGCAAAGGAGCUUGGCCACUUUGAAGUUUGGAGCUGACGAUGUACAGGGGCUUGUCGUCCCACACAAUGAUGCCUUGGUUAUCACUGCGGAAGUGGCCAGUUAUGAUGUGCAGAGGGUACUCAUAGACACGGGGAGCUCGGCGGAUAUCAUUUUCCUGAA